UGUGCGGUGCGGUACUGAAUUCCAUGCGUUUAACGACGUAGUCCUGCGCAAGCGCGUGUGAAUUACAUUACGAUUGGAUUAGUGAUAUAAUUGAUCAUAAAAUAAUUUAAUUAAAUAAGGAAUUGAAUGCAAAGUGAACCAAAUAAUAAUAAAAAAAUUAAACUGGGAUACUAUUUUUGUGUAGCGAAGGAAACAAAUUUAUUAAAAUUUGUGCAUCAAAAUGGCUGUGUUGCAUAUAAGACAGUGCUUAUUAUUGCUGUUUCUACUACCAAUAACGGUAGCGCCUAGUGCCGCUAAACACGCACUAACUGAACAGCGCAAGCACAACCAGCGCUCCUUGACGCGUCAACAAAAAAGUGCACUUGCGCGUAAAUUACUCCUCGUCGAUGGUUUGCAAGUGGAGUCAGAGGGUUAUUUCGAUAUCGUUGAGCAACCAGAACAGUUUAUUGAAAUCGAUACACAAAUCGCGCCAGAAACCAAAGGCAAGCAUGGCGCCAUUGAACCGACGCAUCUAAAACAUCUACUCGACAUUGCCGCCGUACAGGCGGAGGCGGCUGCCGCCAUUGCAGCUGGCGACGAGGAGGCGAAAAACGUGUGGAGCCGCGCCAACGCAAAUCGGCCGGCCUUCCUCUUCGACAGCGCCGCCUUGUCGAAAAUACAAUCGAACACGAAAAGUAUCAGCAACGACGAUGGCGGGAAUUUUUUCUACGAACGCAAUAUUAUUGUGGAGCCGGCGCUUUCGGCGGCAAAGCUUAAAGCGGAACGCGAGCAAAAGAACGCAAUGAAAGGCGACGAUACAAGCGGGAUACCGCGCCAGCGACUACAGAGCUUGGCAUUUCGGAGGCGUUUGUUCAAACAACUUAAAGGCAAACGGCUACCGACUAGAAAAAGGCACAACAAGCGGCGCACGAAAACCCACUCUCAUAACGAAGCGAAAAGCAGGCACAACAACAAAUUUAAACAAAAUCAUAAAUCUAAACCACACUCAUUCCAUCAUCUCCUAAAUGUUUCAUAUUUAAAUGCAGUUUCACGCCCACGACGUGCAGUAACCGCUAAAAAGGAGCGCAUCUGGGAUUACGGUGUAAUACCAUACGAAAUCGACGACAUCUUCAGUGGCACACAUAAGGCACUCUUCAUGAAGGCCAUGCGCCAUUGGGAGAACUUCACCUGUAUAAAAUUUGUGGAACGCGAUUCCAAAAUACAUCCCAACUAUAUAUACUUCACGGUUAAGAAUUGUGGUUGCUGUUCGUUUGUGGGCAAGCGGGGAACUGGGCGUCAAGCCAUUUCGAUUGGCCGUAAUUGCGAAAAAUUCGGAAUUGUAGUGCACGAACUUGGACAUGUUGUUGGAUUUUGGCACGAGCAUACACGCACGGAUCGCGAUAAGCAUAUAAAUAUCAAUAAGGAUAACAUCAUGAAGGGACAAGAGUAUAAUUUCGAUGUACUCUCGCCGGAAGAUGUCGACUCACUGGGAUUACCAUACGACUACAAUUCCAUCAUGCAUUAUGCAAAGAAUACCUUUGCCAAGAAUGUUUAUUUGGAAACGAUACAGCCAAUUGGAUUGUCAAAACCUCAACACAUUGAAAUCGGCCAGCGGCUGCGUUUAAGUCCAGGUGACAUCGUUAAAGCAAAUCUUUUGUAUAAGUGCAGCAGUUGUGGACGCACAUUUCAGGAGCAUUCUGGACAGAUAGUAUCACCGCAUUAUGAAUACUCCUAUGCGGCAAUGGAAGCCAAUAAUGCGGUUGAUGAUGACGGAAGUGGUGAUUAUGAGGUCAGUGAUUUUGACAAAUCGCUAGAGAGGUGCGAAUGGCGUAUCACAGCGACAAAUGGGGAACGUAUCAUAUUACAAAUACACCAAGUGCAUUUGCUAAAGUCCACAGAUUGUUCUACGGAUUAUUUGGAAAUACGCGACGGUUAUUGGUACAGAUCACCCGUUAUUAAGAGACUUUGUGGCAACGCUACUGCAGAAACAAUAAAAAGCACCUCAAGCCGGAUGCUCAUCAACUAUGUUAAUCGAAAUGCCAAUAAAGGGUUUCGCGGGUUUUCUGCUGAUUUUGAAGUUACUUGUGGUGGCGAUAUCUUCCUCACCGAAGAUCGACGCAUCGACUCACCCAACUACCCUCUGGAGUAUCUCGCUGACAGGGAAUGCAUUUGGCGCAUUACUGUGCCGGACAAUCAUCAAGUUGCGCUGAAAUUUCAGUCAUUCGAAUUGGAAAAUCAUGAUAACUGUGCUUACGAUUAUGUGGAAAUUCGUGACGGCAACAGCAGUGAUUCUCGGCUAAUUGGCAUCUACUGUGGAUACUUAUUGCCGCCAAAUAUCAAGACCAAUUUAAAUCAAAUGUAUGUAAAGUUUGUAUCAGACGGCUCGGUCCAGAAGGUUGGCUUUUCUGCGGUUUUCCUGCAGGAGUACGAUGAAUGCAAAUUUUCCAAUCAUGGCUGCCAGCACGAAUGCAUCAAUACAUUGGGGAGCUAUCAGUGCGCCUGUUUUGCCGGCUACGAGCUACAGGCCGAUGGACGUUCCUGCGAAGAUGCGUGCGGCGGUAUUAUCAAUGCCUCUACUCCCAACGGCACUCUCAAUUCGCCGUCAUAUCCGGAUAUGUAUCCCAUAUCGAAAGAGUGUGUGUGGGAGAUUGUUGCGCCGCCCAGUCAUGCAGUUUUCCUCAAUUUCACACACUUCGAUUUGGAAGGAACAAAAUAUCAAUACACUGAGUGCAAUUAUGAUUACCUGUUGGCUUAUUCCAAGUUGCGCGAUAGUCGUUUGAAGAAAAUCGGCAUUUAUUGUGGACGAGAGUUGCCCCCCGUUCUGAAGUCCGAACAUAAUAUAUUACGUUUGGAGUUUUUUUCAGACAAGUCCAUACAACACACAGGAUUUUCGGCAAAGAUUCUUAUCGAUUUGGAUGAGUGCAGCAUAAACAAUGGAGGUUGCCAACAUCACUGCCUCAACACUUUCGGCUCGUAUAAGUGUACCUGUCGCAAUGGUUACACUAUUGACGAGAAUCGACACAACUGCACCGAAACCAAAUGUAAAUUCGAAAUUACAAGUCCAAAGGGGAGCAUCUACAGUCCUAAUUACCCGAACGAUUAUCCUCGAAAUACCUAUUGUUUUUGGCACUUCCGCACUGUACUCGGUCAUCGUGUGCAGUUGACAUUUCACGAUUUCGAAAUGGAAAAUCAUCAGGAGUGUUUUUACGAUUAUGUCGCAUUAUACGAUGGUAAAACAGAAAACAGCUCAACUUUGGGCAUCUACUGUGGUGGGCAUGAACCUUAUGCGGUGGUGGCAUCUACAAAUGAAAUGUUUAUGGUACUGUGGACAGAUGCGUCACUUCAACGAAAAGGAUUUAGAGCAACAUAUUCAACAGAAUGUGGUGGUUACUUGCGGGCGACUAAUCAAACGCAGGUCUUUUACUCACAUCCACGCUAUGGUCAUCGUGUUUAUAAUCGUCAUAUGUACUGUAAUUGGCGAAUACAAGCUGAUUCUGAAAGCAGUGUUCAAAUUAAAUUUUUGCACUUUGAAAUCGAAUAUUCAGACCGCUGCGAAUAUGAUUCAGUGGAAAUUAGAGAAGAAAUUUUUGAAGAAAAGUACAUGCGAAAUAGCAAUCAUGGUCGUUUUUGUGGCAAUAGGAAACCACCCACAAUUAAGUCAUACACUGACACCUUACUCAUGCGUUUUCAAACGGACGGCAGCACUUCAUUGCGCGGCUUCGCCGUUUCCUUUGUAGCAGUAGAACCACCGGAUGAGGACUUGAUAGAUGAUUUAGAUGCAGUGACGCCGUUUCCUGGUUAUAUGCGCAGCAUGUACUAUGCCUCGGAUACGGGUAGCGAUUAUGAUGAUGAUUAAUAUGUGGCAAUAAUUUAGCAUGUAUUGCUUGUUUGUUAUUACUGAUGUACAAUUAGUCGGUUUAUUAAUGGAAAUAUAAGUCAUUUUAAUGUACUCAUGAUGUAUUGUAUAUAUUUAUUUAUGUAUAUAAGAUUUUGUG